AUGAGUUCAGUACCAAAUGAUGAAAUAAAACAAGUAGAGCAAAUAAACGAAGAGGAGCAAAGUCAGGACUCGAGAGAUGUUCCUGCACAAGCAAUCACUGAUGAUGAGGAAUAUCAGGGAAACGAUCACACGGAACCGCAACCUUUAACUGCAGAACGCUUAGACCAGAAGCAGGUGGAUGAGAUGCAAAAUUUUCGCUCAAACAGUACUCAAGACGUGCCGCCCGAUUUAGAACUGGAGUCAUUGACGCACUUAAACGCGGAGGAAGAGAGCAGUAGAGGCAAACAUGAAAACAAUUUUGGGAAUCGUACAAACAAUUCAGCCAAUAUUGAGCAGGAAGACAAAGGAGAUGACAACAAUGCAACCGAACACCCAGCCCAAGACAGCAAUUCUGAGAAUGACAAUAGCAAAGAGGAAAAGGAAAUACACGAAGACAAACAGGAAGAGACUAGAAAUCCCGGAAUUACUGAGAUAGAGAGGCAGGAUAAUGAGGAUAACUUGAAUCAUUCAAAAGACCAAGAACUACAAGCGGAUGCUAUUGUGGAUAGGCAACUACCUUCUAUACCGGUGGAACAGACCCCUAGAGACGAUCCAUUCCAAGAUAAAGAGCACUUUAUAGAAGCGGUAUCGAAUGAAAGUGGCCACGACAAUGCCAAUGACGUCGACAUUGAGGGACAAGAAGAUAAAGUAGCGAAGGAGCUGAACCCAAAUGUAAAUAUGGCAGAACAAGCAGAAACCGCAAGUGAAGGUAACAAUACAGGCAACCAUGAAAGUGCAGGAGAUGCAGAAGAAACUGCUUCUCUGGAAGCCCCAGGUGCAAAUGAAGAAGUAGAAAAAAGACCAUCGACAAACUUGUCACCAACUGGCGGGAACGAAGAGAACGGGAAUCAGCAAGUUGAAAAUAACCAGAGCAUUCAAGACAAUGCAAUGGAAGUUGAUAAUCUAAAUGAAUUUACCUCGGCAGAGGACAGAAAAGAGUACUACGAUGAGGAGAUAAAUCAAGAGCUAGGAGAAGAAGUAAACUUGAAAUACACCCAAACUGACGAUCCUGCAUUUGAUGCCGACUUCAAUGCCGACGAAGAUAUGAACGAUAACUUCGAUAGCUCUUUCCUAAUCGAGGAUGACGCUGAUGAUGCAUCAAAUGUUGAAGAUACCGAAAGGAAAGACGUGCUGAAUAGUGAAAACAGCCCUGUAAAACAAGAACCAAUGGUUUCACUCGAAGGGAACCAGGGAAGUAAACCUGAAACCACAGAUGCGCAAGUACAGCCUCCGCUGAAGGACGACAAUUUGCAAUUUGUCGGAGCAAGUGAACUGGACAGUAACAAUACGCAUAUUGCACUAGAGCCAAUAGUCAAAUCUAAGACGACAUCGUUGGCGGGUGAUGAAGAGGAACCAGAACAAAUUGUUGAAGAAGAGCUUGACGACGCGGAGAAGAGUGCACCAAAAGUAAAGCAAACACAUUUAAUCGUGAUUCCGUCUUACGCAAGCUGGUUCAAUAUGAAAAAGAUACACAGGAUUGAGAAGGAGUCUUUGCCCGAAUUUUUCGACUCUACCCAUCCUUCUAAAUCGCCAAAACUUUAUGCCAAUUACAGAAACUUUAUGAUCAACUCUUAUAGGCUAAACCCCAAUGAGUUUCUAACUUUGACGUCUUGUCGUCGAAAUUUGGUCGGAGAUGUGGGGACUUUGAUGAGAGUGCAUCGGUUUUUAAACAAGUGGGGAUUGAUAAAUUACCAAGUUAAGCCGCAAUUUAAGCCAGGGUAUGCAAUUGAAAAAUUACCCAAUGGACUGCUGGUCGACCUACCAUAUACUGGAGAUUUCCAUGUAAAGUUUGACACGCCAAGAGGUCUUUUUCCAUUUGAUACAUCGAGGAUCCCACCUGAAAGGGUUGACGUGGAUAAAUUAAAGAGUCUUCUUCAGACUGACGCAUCAUCGCAUGCAAGCGUGGAAAAGAAUGGUGUCAACAAAAAGCGUUCUUUGAGUGAAGACGAUGACAUAAAACCCAAUGAGCUAGUAGCUAAGAAACAGAAUGAUGGUUGGAGCCAGGACGAGGUUAGCAAAUUGGUGAAUGCAGUGAAAACAUACAAGAAUGAUUGGUACCAGAUUGCAGCUACUGUUGGAAAUAACAAGACCCCACAACAAUGUGUUCUCAAACUUUUGAAAAUACCACUUGAAGACAAAUUCAACCCCAUCAAAGAUGAUGAAGAGAGUGAUAUCCAACUCUUGAAAUUUGCUUCAAGUUACCCUAUUAACUCCGUCGAAAAUCCUGUGUUGGCAAACUUGGUGUUCAUGACCAGAUUGGUAGAUAGCGAAGUUGCUAAAGCAGCCAGUGAAGCAGCCAUUAAGGCCAUGGAUGCUACAAUCCGACAAAAGGUGAUUGACGUUUAUGGAGAUAAAAAAGACCAAGCCGAAGAAGAUAAAGGCAACACUGAUCCGAGUGGCAGUGAUCCUGAACUUCAUCAAGAUAGAUAUAAGGGCGAAGCAGUGCACUCAGAUCAGAAUGGACACAAGCAGCAUAAUUCUGCCGAGGGUGAAGCAAUUGCAACCACAUUCGGUAUAGUUGGUGCGCGAAGCCACCUCUUUGCCAACUACGAGGAACGGGAGAUGCACAAGAUUAGUGCCAGCAUAAUUAAUCAUGAACUAUCGAAAGUUGAAACAAAGUUGGCUAAAAUUGAAGAAUUGGAAAAGAUAUAUGAACGCGAGAGACAAAAUUUGGCAAGGCAACAAGAGGAAAAUUUUGUUGAUAGAUUAGCCUUGACAAAGUCGACCCUCGAGGUGAUCAAGAAACUUGAGGAUGCUUCUCUGUACUUGGAGAUGAAGGAAUCUGGAGACAAUAAUGAGUUUGACAAGGACAAGUUCAAGGAGCUCCUUUCAGAUGCAAGAAGCUUGAUCUACAAGCCAACAAAGCAGCAGGUAGAAGAAGUAGACACACUGAGCAAAGACAAGCCAGAUUUCAAGAAGAACGAGUCUGAAGAAUCUGGAGCCGAUGACUAUAAGCCCUUGUCGUUGACAUCUCCACAAAAUUUUACUGUUUGGGCACCAUAA